AUGGUGAACUCCAGCCGGGUGCAGCCGCAGCCGCCCGGGGACACGCAGCGGCCUCCGGCGCCCCGAACGGCGGGCCCGGGCCGGCUGAUGGCGGGCAGCGCGGCCGUGGGUGCCGGCCUUGCCGCCCCGGGUGGCCUCCGUCAGCAGAGGGGCCUGGAGAUCGAGAUGGAGCGCAUCCGGCAGGCGGCUGCGCGGGACCCCCCGGCCGGAGCCUCGGCCUCCCCUUCUCCUCCGCUCUCGUCGUGUUCGAGGCAGGCGUGGAGCCGAGACAACCCGGGCUUCGAGGCCGAGGAAGACGAGGAGGACGAGGAGGAAGAGGAGGUGGAAGGAGAAGAAGGGGGAAUGGUGGUGGAGAUGGACGUGGAGUGGCGCCCAGGCAGCCGGAGGUCGGUCACCUCCUCGGCCGUGAGCUCCGUGAGCGCCGGGGGCCGGGCGCUGGGGGGCUACCACGGCGGGGGCCACCCGAGCGGGAGGCGGCGCCGGCGCGAGGACCAGGGCCCGCCGUGCCCCAGCCCAGACGGCGGCGGGGACCCUCUGCAUCGCCACCUCCCAAUGGACGGGCAGCCGCCCCGAGUGGCCUGGGCCAAGAGGCUGGCUCGCGGGCUGCGAGGUCUCUGGGGAACAAGACUCAUGGAGGAAAGCAACACUAACCGAGAGAAAUACCUUAAAAGUGUUUUACGAGAACUGGUCACAUACCUCCUUUUUCUCAUAGUCUUGUGUAUCUUGACCUAUGGCAUGAUGAGCUCCAGUGUGUACUACUACACCCGGGUAAUGUCACAGCUCUUCAUAGACUCCCCUCUGUCCAGGAUGGAGAAAACGAACUUUAAAACACUUUCUUCGGUGGAAGACUUUUGGAAGUUCACAGAGGGCUCCUUGUUGGAUGGGCUGUAUUGGGAGAUGCAGCCCAGCAACAUAACCGAAGCUGACAACCGAAGCUUUAUUUACUACGAGAACCUGCUGUUAGGGGUACCACGGAUACGGCAACUCAAAGUCAGAAACGGAUCCUGCUCUAUUCCUCCGGACCUGAGAAGUGAGAUUAAAGAGUGCUAUGAUGUCUACUCUGUGAGUAGUGAAGACAGAGCUCCGUUUGGUCCUCGAAAUGGAACUGCUUGGAUCUACACAAGUGAAAAAGACUUGAAUGGGAGUAGCCACUGGGGAAUGACUGCAACUUACAGCGGAGCUGGCUACUACCUGGAUUUGUCAAGAACAAGAGAGGAAACAGCUGCCCAGAUUGCUAGCCUCAGGAAAAAUGGUUGGCUGGACCGAGGAACCAGGGCAGUUUUUAUUGACUUUUCAGUGUACAACGCCAACAUUAACCUGUUCUGUGUGGUCAGGUUAUUGGUUGAAUUCCCAGCAACAGGCGGUGUGAUUCCAUCUUGGCAGUUUCAGCCUGUAAAGCUGAUCCGAUAUGUCACGACUUUUGAUUACUUCCUGGCAGCCUGUGAGAUUAUCUUUUGUAUCUUUAUCAUCUACUAUGUGGUGGAAGAGAUUCUGGAAAUUCGCAUUCACAAGCUACAGUAUUUCAGGAGUUUCUGGAAUUGUCUGGAUGUUGUGAUCAUCAUGCUGUCAGUGGUAGCUAUCGGAAUUAACAUAUACAGAACUUCAAAUGUGGAGGUGCUGAUGCAGUUUCUGGAAGAUCAAAAUACUUUCCCCAACUUAGAACAUCUAGCGUACUGGCAAAUACAGUUCAACAAUGUAGCUGCUGUCACAGUAUUUUUGGUUUGGAUUAAGCUCUUCAAAUUCAUCAGCUUUAACAGGACCAUGAGCCAGCUCUCUACAACCAUGUCUCGGUGUGCCAAAGACCUCGUUGGCUUUGCUAUCAUGUUCUUCAUUAUUUUCUUAGCUUACGCUCAGUUGGCAUACCUUGUCUUUGGCACUCAGGUUGAUGACUUCAGUACUUUCCAAGAGUGUAUCUUCACUCAGUUCCGUAUCAUUUUGGGCGAUAUCAACUUUGCAGAGAUUGAGGAAGCUAAUCGAAUUUUGGGACCAAUUUAUUUCACUACCUUUGUGUUCUUUAUGUUCUUCAUUCUUUUGAAUAUGUUUUUGGCCAUCAUCAGUGACACUUACUCUGAAGUUAAAUCUGAUUUUGCCCAGCAAAAAGCUCAAAUGGAACUCUCAGAUCUUAUCAGAAAGGGCUACCAUAAAGCCUUGGUGAGACUAAAAUUGAAAAGAAAUACUGUGGAUGACAUUUCAGAGAGUCUGCGGCAAGGGGGAGGCAAGUUAAACUUUGAUGAACUUCGACAAGAUCUCAAAGGGAAGGGCCAUACUGAUGCAGAGAUUGAGGCAAUAUUCACAAAGUAUGACCAAGAUGGAGACCAAGAGCUGACCGAACGUGAACAUCAGCAGAUGAGAGACGAUUUGGAAAAAGAGAGGGAGGACCUAGACUUGGAUCACAGCUCUUUACCACGUCCUAUGAGCAGCCGGAGUUUCCCACGAAGCCUGGACGACUCUGAGGAGGAUGAUGAUGAAGACAGUGGGCAUAGUUCCAGAAGGAGAGGAAGUAUCUCCAGUGGAGUUUCUUAUGAAGAGUUUCAAGUCCUGGUGAGGCGAGUGGACCGAAUGGAGCAUUCCAUUGGCAGCAUCGUGUCCAAGAUCGACGCUGUGAUCGUGAAGCUGGAGAUCAUGGAGCGGGCCAAACUGAAGAGGAGGGAGGUGCUGGGGAGGCUGCUGGAUGGGGUGGCCGAGGAUGAAAGACUGGGUCGUGACAGUGAAAUCCACAGGGAACAGAUGGAACGGCUUGUGCGGGAAGAGUUGGAACGCUGGGAAUCAGACGAUGCAGCUUCCCAAAUAAGUCAUGGUUUGGGGACGCCAGUGGGACUAAAUGGUCAGCCUCGCCCAAGGAACUCUCGCCCUCCUUCCUCCCAGUCUACAGAAGGCAUAGUAGAAGGUGGAGGUGGAAAUGGGAGUUCCAAUAUCCACAUGUAGAAUGAGUGUUAGUAUGUGUGUCCCUCUUAGAUGAGAAGGUGGUGGUCCCGAAUUGCUGUAACAAGUACACUAUUUAUAUGUGAUGACCACCAUAGGAUGCUGGCCUUUGUGACUAGUCUUUGUUUAUUCUUCUGCACUUUAAUUUAUUUUAUAUAAACAUUGCCCAUGGAUCAAAGUUUUUUUUUUUUUUUCUUAUAUAAGAAGUCUAGGUGUAAAUAUUGAGUACAGGGAAAACUUUGUAAUGUAUAUGGAGUGGUGUGCCCAAAUGCUAAAAUGACUGAGGCUUCUCAGUUGACACUGAAGUGGCCUUUGAAAGCUAGAAGAGAACUGUCAAAAUUCUUCCGAGUUUUCAUUUCCAAUCACAAAAAUCAGUAUUGUCAUUUUUGCCCAGUGUGUGAAGGGAAAAUGGGGGGUAUUCCUUUUCCAUUCAGGCUUAGCUCAUGGGCUUCAUACCUAGCCUUCUUUUAAGAAAGGAGCCUUUUAUUUCAACUACCUUUCUGGGGUAAACUUUUCUAAAAGAGCUGGAAAAGAACUCCAAACCAUAGAAUGGGUAUGUAACCAUUAUGCUACAAUUUGAAUGAAUGGGUUAAGAUAAAUGUUAAAUACUAUGCUUUUAUGUUUUUUUAUCAUAUCUAAAUGUCUGGGGGAUUAACUGUAUCACUUAAUUUUUACAUUAUUUUGGUUCUCAUGAGCUGAGUGAAAUCACCAAAGAUCAAUAAUGGGUUAAGAAUGCCAUUUCUAACUAUAUGAGAAUCCAAAGGAGCCCUAAGUUUUCACAACAUUUGACUUUUUCUAAUAAUUUAGAAAGUUUAGUUUUUUUAAUUUUUAAAAUUUUUCAAUUUUUUUUUUUUUAAUUUUUUAAGUUUUAGCUUGGUAUAAAGAGCCCUGGCGGUGCAGUGGUAAAGAGCCAAACUGCGAAAGAAAGGUCAGCAGUUCAAAUCCACCAACUGCUCCUUGGAAACCCUAUGGGGCAGUUCUUCUCUGUCCUAUAGGGUCGCUAUGAGUUGGAAUCAACUCGAUGGCAACAGGUUUUGGUUAGUUUGGUAUAAAGAUUUAUCCAUAUAUUCUCUUUCCCAUGUGACUUAAUUCAUUUACUACUGACUUUUAAUGUUACAACUAAUCUACCAAGACCAACUUCCUAAAUUUUUAGUAUGCGUUGAAAGUUUUAACCCAGUAAAUACGUUAAUCUUAAAGAAAUAUUAAAGGAAGUUUUUUAAUUAAUCCACAUCAAAAUAUUUUAAAACUAAAGUUUUAUAAUGAUUUAAGAAUGCAGAAUUCAAAUAUUCUUGAUCUUGUAUUUCAAAACUGGGAUUUACAGUCUAAAUGGAGCUAAAUUUAAUGAAAAGAAGGUUUUGGUAUUGCAAGUUCAUUCAUUAUCAGAAUUUGGCCAAAGUUCAAGUUUGUAGCAAUUUGUUUUUCAUCAGGGAAGUGGCUCACCAAAUUUGUGGGUGAAAAAAAUGUAUUUCCCAAUAAAAAUGACAAUCUUAUUUUUCAAGAGGGUUAAGUAAGGUGAUCUCUUGAGAGCUGAUGGAUCAAGCAAGAGAGAAUGCAGUGUUGGUGAACAGCCUUCACUUGGAGAAGCAAUAGAAGAGAGGCCUUUGUUUUCAUUGCUGUAUUUAAAAUUUGCAAGUUGUUCAUUUAACAGAAUAUGCCAGUCGGCUCUUCAGUAAAAACAUACGCAAGCAGCCCUUUCUAGGCUGGCUUCUAGUGAAACACGUUGGGCUUUCUUUUAACAGUUUUUCCACUUAGCUUCAUCUCCAUCCUCACUUUCUUUUGAAUGUGCUACACAGAGUCCUUUAUUACUAGGUACUGAAGUUUGCAUUCCAGGGAUAUUGAGUGUACGUAUUUGUGUGUGUGUACCAUGUUGUUAUAUAUAAACAAACUUCAAUUUGAAGUGCAGCCAUUAUGUGAUAUCCAUGUGUGUCGACCAUGUGCCAUAUAUUAACUAUGGUCACUGGAAAGUCUUUUUAUGAUGCUUACUAUUAUACUCUUUUUCAUUUCACAUGUAAAACCUUGCAAAAUUCCUACUUUUUACCCACAAGGUACUUCUUUUUUCUUUCUUCUUUAGUCAUGGAGAAUUCCCUACCAUCUUCUCCCCUAUAUUAGCAUUACUAAGAAGAUGUUACAUAUGCAAGUCUUUCUCGACAAUCGAGAAUUUCAUUAAUGUGUAAUACUGAGCACUUUACAUCUCAAUAAAGACUUGUUAUAAUAGCA